AUGCCACUCAUCCAGGCCCAGUCCACGCACGCCCAGCCACACCCACACCCGCACCAGCAUCCGCCCCCCGGUCCGACCACGCCCCCAGCACAGCCACGCGCCAGAAGUCCAAUGAUCGGCAGGACAUAUGCCAAGUCCAUGCCCGUGACGCCAGUUCAACCGCAAUCGCCGCUGGCUGAGACGCCCUCCUAUGAGCUCUACGAACGCCACUCGGAUGCGGCCACCUUCCACUUUGGGGAUGAGGACGAUGAAGAUGAUGAUGAGCACGACCAGGAGGACACAUCAUCGCUGGCCAUGAUCACACCGCCGCCGCCCUAUGACACUCCGCAUAUGGUUGCAUCGCCGCCGCUGCCGCCGCCUCGUAGAUUUCGCUUUGGCAACAGGGAGCUGUUCAGCAUGAGUCCAGCCGGAGGUGGAGCCACGCCCACCGCCUCGGCAGGCCACCGCGGCAGCAGCGCCAUCACGCCCACAAAGUUGAGUGCGGCGGCAGCGGCCAUGUUUGCCGCACCCCAAAUGGCCACCCAACUCAACCGGAAGUGGGCUCAUUUGCAAAGGAAGCGGCGCAGGCGCAACAGCAGCUCCGGCGAUUCCAAGGAGCUGGACAAACUGGUCCUGCAAUCGGUCGACUGGGAUGAGAACGAGAUGUACUAGCACGCAGACCAACAAUGAGAUAGCAGAAACACUUUGAUUCGGAAUUUAUACACCUUUGCAAAUUUUGAAUGGGAUUUCGAUUUUAAACUGCGAAAUUGUAUUCUUAAUGCAGGAUAUUUUGGUGCGAGUGCAUGUUUUUAAGUAAAACAUUUUAAAGUAAUUAUUUUUAACUUUUUAUAAAAAAGCUGUAAAGAAGUUUUCUGCUAGCUUAAAUAGUACACACAACUCAUUUCCAACGUGGCGCUGAGAUAUAGGAAUAGCCCCUCCCUUCCCUUAAACUUAAAGUAGCAAUCGAAAAGAUCAUUCACUAGCGAUAGAAACUGGAUGGGGAUUUACUUACACACAAAAAGCCAGAGAAGUUAUACACGAAGUUUAUAGUUAUAUAGCCUUUAUACAUACUCCCCGAUCUGCUAAGUAUACACAAGCAAGCAUAACAUAACAUACGUAUAUAUGACUCUAUAUAUACCAAUAGAUUUCAUAGACGAUUCACAUGGAUCGGCUACGCUAAAUUAGAGCUGCAAAAUGAUAUUGUUAAUUACGAUUAGAGAAAAGAAAAAACAACAGAUGUAAAUAUUAAUCCUAGAGAUGGGAAAGACGUAACGUAAUCUAAGCAAACCUUAUUCGAAUAGAGUAUACACGAUAUACAAGAUUUUUUGCAUUUAACCCAGAGAAGUUUAAAAUAGAUAAAAUUAGAAAGUCAUAACAAAUGGUUAAGAACAAUGAGAAAACAAAACAAAACGAAACGCUUAUUACUGAUUUAUACAAAUGAAAUGAAUUACCGAAAUAGUAGGAGGGCAAACAAAUUAGUCUUAAGCCGUCAGAUAUCUGGGAAAUAUAAGGGGAUUGCAUUCGGGAUUCAUUCCGAACUGGAACUGGAACUGCCAAACGCGAUGCAGCGCUCCCAACGAAAUCGAAUCCAUCGAGUGCAUUUUCCAUUGUCAAUUUCAUUUGCAGAGCCUCAAGCUAUAGUACUUCUUCAGACUUCAGACUCCAGCGCUUCAGUCUGCUAUAGGAACGUGUAAAUUAUGUACAGGACUAUACGCAUUAUUCAACCGAUCUGUACAGUGCGAUCUGCAGUAUGUGCGAUAUGUGCCAUAAUUGGGUAUGUGCCCACUUUGAGUUUAGUUGUUAUUGUUUGCAUUGAUUCAGAAUAGUUCUUUACACGAGAACACAACUCGCUAUCUUUGUAUAUAUUCGAAUAUAUAUAGAUAUAUACAUACAUACUUAUAUGCAUGAAGAGGGAUACACAAAUUUCAUGUGAAGUGAUCGAUCAAAAUUUAGUGAAAGCAUUAAAACUGAACUUUAGCCUAGCCACAUAGGGUUUGUAUUAUAGACUGGACGAACGGAGGGCAGAACAAAACUUUUGAAAAUAUUUUCACUAGGGGCAUUGCUAAUGUUGUUCUCAUAUUAAAGUAUAUUAGAAAUAGGAUAAGCUAAUUGAUACUCAAUAUUUUGUAUGAGAAACAUUAAAAUCAUCCGAUCAAACUUGGAAAUUGCGUUGCAAAACGAGUAAAAAAGCGUAGAAAUAUCUAAAUCAAAGCAAAUGUAUAAACAACAAAACCCAUAAAAAGCAGUAGAUUUAUAAAGUAAACCCACACAGAAACGUAAGCGUAUAUAUUGAUUAAUAUAUACUUUUUGCAGCUGCAAUUUAAUGCUUUUUAUAUGCAAUUUUACUUUUUGACAAAAUGUAUACAACCGAAAAAGAUCAUCAACAGCGGAAAACAAAAACGCAUAUAAACCAAGUAAAAUUAUUACGAUUACAUUUAGACAGCCAAAGAUACGAGUGAUUUUAAAAUUUGUUUUUAAAGUUAUUUGUGCAUAUUUUUAAUUCGUUUUAUUUGUACAAAAAUAUUAUUUAAAGCAAUUUAAACCUCUAAAGAAACUAUGUACCACUAAGGUUACGGUUUCUAAAUAUUUAGUUAUUCAAUUAUACACCUUAUUAUUGUGUUCUUUUUCUUUAAAGAAAUAGUGUCGAGUACUUUGAAAGCAAUAAAAACACUUGAUAAAAUAUAUGAAAAAUAUAAAUGAGAUUCAGACACAUAGAGUAGCAGCUGAUGGUAAAACUUAGGAAUACACUAGAGUUUUGAACUAAUUCUAGAUCUACAUCAACUACUUAUACAAUUGCAUACAAGUAUUAAUUGAAUCAGAUCAUUAACUUUUAUACACUUUACCAUUUACAUAUAUACAAGCAAACUGAUUGCCGAUUACCGAUUAUUCAAUAUACAAGGCAAAUUUAACAUGUAAUUGUAAUUUGAAGCCAGGCUGCAAUUGAAAGGUUUUACAGUAAAUCAUGCCUACACACAUAAACCAGCAACAACAGUAACAAGAUCAGAGAAUCCGUAAAUAUAUACUUAUACAUAAUAUAGAUGACCCGUAUACAUACACUUAUUAGAUACUUUAGAAGAGAGAUUCUCUAGAAAUGCUUUUAAAUUAAAAAAUCCACGAAAAACCAAAAAAAAAGAAAUAAUAAACAAGAAAAAUAACUGAUUUAAGCAAAGUAUUUUAUUAAAAACACUCAGUAAGGAAAUGGCAAAUUCAAGCGCAAAAACACAAAAAAAAUACAUAUAUAUAUAAAUUUCUUAAAACUUUCAGCGAAAGGCAAACAUUUGUGAAAUAAGCCAACUCAGACACUUUUUUAGAACAUCAGAAAUUGGGGUUGACGAUGAUGGUGAUCACUAGACGUCGUUGAAGAUACUUUAAAGAUAAUUAUAAGCUAAACGAAAACGAUUUUUAACUUUCUCCGAAUAAGACAAAAACAAUUAUUACCUUCUGAUGGUAGAAGCGCAUUCAUAUUUGCUAAUUAGCAACUUAUUAAACUAUAAACAACAAGCAACAUUUAAAAGCUAGAGCAGAAAGCAGGAACCCACACAAAAAAAAGUAAAAUAAAAUAAAAAUGAAAACAUGAAUCCAUGAAUCCAUGACACCACACACCCAAGUUUUCAUUUUCCAUUAAAAACGAUAUAUAUUCAAGUGCUUCUUACAUAAAAUAAAUAUAAAUAUAUAUGAAACAAAAAAAUAUAUUAAUGAUUACAUGAUAGAUAUUAUUACGAGCAGGCAUUACAUUAUAAAUACCUACUAACUAGUUUAAGGCAUUUACCACAAACUUGAUUAUUAUGAACUGUAUUAUUAUGUUUUGUGAAAUCGAGCGAACUAUUACAGAUCAAGAGAAUCAGAUUACUGAGCGGAUUUAGAGUAAGCGUAAAAACUCUGUACUAUAUCCGGUUCCGUUUGGUUUUUUAAUCUCUAAGUAGCCAGCUCUCUAUGCAAAUAGAAUAAAGACGAACACACACUGACACGUAAUCGAUGCAUUUUACUUACUUGAUGGCCAUCAAUGCAGCAAAGUAAAGCGAGUUCAUGAAUUCAAUUUAUAUAAUUAUGUUAAGAUUUUAUAACGCAACAAGCCUAACGUAUGCAUUACCCAUAUGAAUACUAUUAUGCGAAUCUUUGUAAAUACUUCAACAAAUAAAUACUCCUUCAUUCAACCAAAACAAGAUCAGAUCCCUAACUCAAUCGAAGUAAGCCCAAGCAUUUGAUUUCCUUUCCACACCCAAAACCAAAACCACACACAAUCCUAAAGAGAUGCUUAUCGGUUAGGUAUUAUCGAAGCAUACGAGCCACGAGUAUGUUAUCCAUUCUUUAGCGAUUACAAAUACGUAAGGAUAAAUUUAAAUUGUUGAAUAUGUAGCGCAAGAACGUAAUGAGUAACAAACUAAUGAAAGUCCCAAAGCGAAUAACAAAUAUUUAACCAAAUAAGUUACGAAAGUUAGACACAAAACGGUACUUCCAAGCAACUAUAGAGCUAACAGCAAGCCAUUUAAAUGAAUGAACUCAGAUGCGAACUAAACUGUAUGAAUUGAAUUCCCGACCCGAUCCCGAUUUAAAUCCGCUAAUAGAUAGGGUGCACCCAAAUAAGCCCCAGAUCUUCUCAAGCAGAUCCGAAGAUCGGUAACGGUUCGUGCGAAUUGGUUGCCCUAUCUUCUAAUUCCUCCAUAGAAAUCUCCUCUACACAACUCCCAUUAGGAAUUCGUCAAGUUUUGGAUUCAGAAACUAAUACACAACACUUAAUUAUUCAUGAAUGCGGCAUGUGCAGUAUCAUAAAUCAGAACGGCACCGCAAAUCGAGAAUCUACAGCAUGAAGAAGCUAUAUAGAACAACAACAACAUGAACAACAAAAAAUUGUUAGUAAAAAGACUGAGCUACAAAAUAUACAAGAAAAAAACACAAAAGAAACAAAAGCUAGCAACAAAUCAGUGAAUAACUUUGAUUCAGUGACAAAUUAAUUAACGUGCAUUUUUGGGUAAACGAUCUUUGACAAACGGAAGCGAGCAAUUCGUUACAAUUUUCAGUUUCAUAAGUCGUAAAUUUGUUAAGAAGUUCCUAACACAAAACGCAGGCAAAUCCAUUACCAAUCAAUCUCAAGCCAGGUUCAAAUUGUGCACCUACCUAGAAGGAACUUCUGCAUUUACUUCUCAGUGCACGAGGGUUAGUUGAAAUCGUAGGGAAGCUGCUAAAGAAAAUACGUAAUUUGACACAUUACUUUUAAGUUCGAAUUUGGAUUUGAAUUAAGAGGCUUCUUGUUUAAUUUGGGCCACUGCCACAGCAUAAUCGAGAUUAAAAUACCUAGAAUGAAUAUAUAUAAACACGUAUAUACAUAUAUAGACUCAAGUAUAUAUGCAUACACUUGCUUUUAGCUUUCCUAGAACUCUGAUUUCCAUACUUGAACGUACAGUAAGCUGCGAGACAUAAGAGAUAGUCGCUCUCAGACACGAAAUAAUCAAACUGAAGCUGAUAAAAACGAACACGAGCUCAAAGAUUUGGUCCGAGACACAAUUAAUUCCACACAAACCAAACGGAUCGGAAUACAUUAUGAAGCAAGCCACACAAAAGUUGAACAUGCAUGGCGAAUAAGAGAAAUCGAUUAAUGAAAACCGCAUAUUAUUAAUGAUUAUUAUAUUGUAUUAUUAUAACUGAAAUAUUUAGAUGAAAUGACGAUUCUUAAUUAUAACACAUUAUUAUAGAUACAUACUGAACAAGCCGAAGCAAAAGAAGAAAUUGAAAAUGAAACUUAAAAAAAAACCAAAACGGAGGGAACGGAAUCUAAAAUGAUUAAUAAAAAUGAAAAUAUAGAGAAUAUUAUAUUACGAA